GGCACUGCAUUUGUUUUCCCCCUCUAGUGCUGCGGCUUCAUUUAGUUCUUUGUCAGGUCAGCCGCUGCUCCUACCCAGCCCGCCGUGGCUCUUAAUUGUGAAGUACGUAACAAGGCUAGCAUUAAACACGGAUUUCUAUAGAUGCAUUCCCAAAUUUGAAAGCAGCCAUGUCAAUUGAAUACACUCUUGACAUCCAGCUCACUGAGAUGGGAUUUCCAGACAUCGUCCAACCACAAGAAGCGUCAGUCGCAGAGACCCCUCCAAACUCUUCUUCACCAUCUAAUGAUUCUUCAUCGCUAAACUGCACGUCCCAGAAGUCACUGCCAGGUCAACAAAUACGGAAGCAGCCAGCAAAGGCAAAGAAAGCAUGUGCAAAGAAAACAAGAGGUGCAACAGAGGAAAUGGAGGAGGACUCAGAUGACAGCGAUGUUUCAUAUGUGGAAGAGGAGAUUGAGGAUGAAGAUGACUUUUGUGAGGAGGAGGAGGAAGAAGAGGAGGAGGGCGAUGAAGCAAAUGGAAACUUCCAAUGUAAUGUCUGCAACCUCCAGUUCACUACAAACUUUAAACUCCAAGAUCACAUGAACCUGCACACAGGAGCACGACCCUACUCCUGUGCUGAAUGUGGGAAACGUUUUUCCCAGAUCCGUAAUUAUCGAGAUCACCUUCGUGCACACGCCAGACACAAAGCCAAGCCCAGGUGUCGCAUUUGUCUAAAGCACUUUAUUAAUGAGGCUGAUUUAAAAUACCACCUGUCUAUGAAUCAUUUUGAAGAUACAUUUUAUGAAUGUGAUAGAUGCAAACGCGUCUUUACCAACAUGGAGUCUUGUCAACACCACAUAGAGUUUACAUGCAUGCGUAAAGUUAAGUGUGAGAAAUGUGGCCGCUUUUUUCCGAAAGAGAAACUACUUAGAAGGCAUCUGGAGAGUAAAACCUGCUAUAGUAAAUUGAAGUGUGCAGAUUGUCCAAAGAUUUUUACCAAGAAAAAUGCCCUGCUUAAGCACAGUUUCUCCCAUUUGGGCCUAUUGCCUUAUACUUGUGUUAGGUGCAGGUGUCACUUCCGGCUUGCAAGGCUGUACCUUCGCCAUCAGUGUAAGCCUCAAAGCAUUCACUGUGUGGCUUGUCUGAGAGAGUUCCUCAAUGAUCAGGACUUCCAGCAGCACAAAAAAGACACUGGUUGUUGGGGCAAUCAAGACCAUAAAGGGGAUGAAAUCCGGUGUUUGGAGUGUGGGCAGAGGUUUGACACUAAAGAUGAUCUUAAAAAACACGCUGGUGCUCACCAGAGAGUGCUGAAGUGUGCAGAGUGUGGGAAGGGCUUCAGAUCCGCCUUACUGUUGAUGUCUCACAUGGGCGGUCACGCUGGACAGUCUCCGUGUCUCUGCCAAAGCUGCGGACUGGGGUUUCCACACCAGCAGAGCUAUGACAGCCACCUGAAGACCUGUGGACAAACAUCUUCACUCACAAAAUCAUCAAAAAAGAAUCCAUCAACUAAAAAGCCAGAACAAACUUCAACCAGCACCAAUUCUUCAGAAGCAUCUAAAUUACCCAUAUCAGCUUUAAAAAAGGUGAUUACCACCUCAAAAUCACCAUCUUGCAGUAAAACAAACACAGAAUCAGUGGUGCCUGUACCAAGUUCAUCUGUUUCUACAGUGACCACGACCACGGCUCCAGAUAUCAUCACUGGUCCGUGUGCAACAGUUGGGGGACCAUCAAGCAGCUCUGCUUCUCCAAGUCUACAGACCAUAGGUCAAAACAACAAUCCAACUAAUCCAAUGCAAGUGGCACAAGAAGACCUUAAUGACCCCACUAAAGGAUGCUGGAAGCUCUCCCUUGACAAGCCCCCACCACCUGGAGUUAAUCUUCUCUUGUUUUUACCUGUUGGUCAAACUCAAAACAGCAACUUAUUGCUACCGUGCGCAGUUCCUCAGGUGGUGACUGUACCAGAGAUCCAGGUUCAAAGUGCUCUAACACUAAAUGGCAUUGUCGGGGGAACAUCAGUGAAUACUCUGUCGGGAGCUACUUGUAAACAGGAAACAAACCCUGCACCUCUGGAUUUGUCAAGUAAAACAGUUCCACAGAAGUCAACCCCAGAAAAUGCACUCACAGUUUCAAUAAAAACUGAGGCUGAGGAAGUAGAAGUGUCUACACCAAUAAAAAGCAGUGAGGAAAACCACAUGAUUGACCCAGAAAAACCACUCUUUCGACAUGAAAACAAUUCUUCAUCAAAUAAGAAAAGACCUGCUGAAACAUCUGCAGACGAAACACCAACAUCACCCCUGGGUAUUGAUGGCUUACCUAAGAAAAAAAUUAAAAUUGAAACGGAUUGUGAAGUUAAGACGGAAUAAUGAAGCUUGUCCAUCUUUUAUCAUUUUGGUUCUACUGGGUAUAUUUUGAUGCAGACAGUACAUUCCAACCAUGUUUGUUUCAAAAACUUUCCUUGAGAAUUAUGGGGCUGUGCUCAAACUGACUAUGCAAUCUACAAUGCAUGACAUUUAAACAUAUUUUUAACUCUUGAAUAUUAAUUUGGUUUAAUGCACUGGAUAUGUGCCAUUCUUUAUGUAGCACUAAUGCAAUGUUUUUUUCUGUGUUUGUAUUCUAAAGCAAAUAAUGGGUCUUUCAUACCUGUAUGCUGUACAGUGGAGAUUAGUGAAUAGGAUUUUUGAAUUGCAUUUAGUUUACUUAUUUAUCUGGCGGACAUUGGUAUGUGAUGACAUUUAAAUUAAAAAUGAACA